AUGUAUUUAGUCCACUUUGAUCAUCUUGAGCAGCAGCAACAACAACAACAACCCUAUCGUACAUCACCGCCGCCUAUGGAACAAAUUGUACAUCCUACAGCAGCAGCAGCAUCUCCAACACCAGCAGCUGCAACCACAACCGAAGAACAACAACAACCCCAUAAUCAAUCACGACGACCUAGCUACGUUGACGUGAAUGCAUUAUCGAGAUACGCUGCAGCCACCGAAGAGACACCAAAGCCGAUCCAUUGUCAUAAACGACAACAGCCUUCGAUUGAUGUCAACACCUGCCGACGAAAACUCAGUCUCUAUGGUGACAACCAGAGUCAGAUCAUCCCCUUUGAGAAGUCAGCCGAACAAGCAGCCUGCUAUUAUCAUCCAGACACGGGUUGUAUACAAUCAAAAUCACUGCUUGAUAUUCAACAUGGCAACCUUGGUCUCCAAGAGCUAUUAACAAAAGAUCGCUAUUGGAUUGAUAUCAUGUCACCAUCGGUCUCGGAAAUGAAGAUGAUAAGCCAGAUUUUUCGAAUCCAUCCAUUGACGAUUGAAGACAUCCUAUCACAAGAGACGCGAGAAAAGUGUGACGUAUUUAGAGGAUAUCUCUUUGUAUGCUAUCGAGCAUUUGUACAAGAUGGCCAAGUGCUCAAACCUGUAAGCUUUUAUAACAUUGUGUUCAAAAAGAGCAUUCUAUCGUUUCAUUUUAGUAGUAUUCCCCAGCUGAAUCGAGUAUACCAACGCGUCGAUCAUUUACAAAAUUACAUGUCGGUGACAUCUGAUUGGAUCAAUUAUGCCAUCUUGGAUGAAGUCACCGAUCAAUUUGCACCUUUAAUGCAUCAGCUUGAAGCUGAUGUGGAUAGUAUUGAUGACCCAGCCAUGUUACUCAAGGUCAACCACGAUGAGACGGAGAUGGUGAUGCGUAUUGGAGCAUGUCGUAAACGUGUCAUGCAAUUGUAUCGGCUUUUAGCUUCCAAAGCGGAUGUUGUCAAGGCGUUGAUAAAACGAUUACAAGAAAGCAGUGGCAAUGGCAGCGACAACAAGGUAGGCGGCUUGGUGGAUGCCCCUCCUACCAGCAUGCCAGGAACAAUGAUGCAGCAUCAUUCCAUGAUGGGACAUCGACGAGGAGGAUCAUCCUCCUCUUUUGGAUUUAUCAAGGAUCACAAAGGAAGCAAUACCACGAAACGACACAAUACCACAAGUGAAGAGGAAAGGGGAAACAACACAUUGCCGGAUGUCAGUUUGUAUCUUGGUGAUGUGCAAGAUCAUCUCAUUACCAUGCUACAAAACCUCAGCCAUUAUGAAACUGUGCUAGCACGAGCCCAUUCAAACUACCUUGCACAAAUAUCAAUCAAGCUAUCUCAAACCUCCAACUCGACCAACGAUGUCAUUGGGCGGCUCACUGUAUUUGCGACGAUCCUGCUGCCAAUGAAUCUUGUCACUGGUCUCUGGGGAAUGAACGUCAAGGUACCUGGGAAAGAUUAUGACGACCUGCUAUACUUUUUUUGGAUCGUGGCAAGUCUAGCUCUCUUUGCCAUUGGAGCAUUUACCCUUGCUAGACGGUUUCAGUUUUUCUGA